AAUCUACCUACGCCGGUAUUUCUGCUUUAAAAUGAUUCAAAAUUUACCAACUGAGAUCAUUGACAAAGUGUUUGGAUACCUGAAAGAAAAAGAAAAACUGAUUUUGGCCCAAGUAAACAAAAGGCUUGAAUGCACCUAUGCUUACCACGUUCAAGAAAAAUAUAAGUUACUUUUGGUCAGCGAAGACAUAAACUCGGCUGGGUUCUAUACAGACACCGAAUUACGUGUUAUUCUGUCUUCAUGCGGAUCAACUGUUAGUUUUUUUUCAAUACAAUGUACUGAGGUUAUGGAGCAACUAGGAGAACUAAUAGAAAAGUACUGCAUUAACCUCAGAUAUGCCUAUUUGAUGAUAACAAAUGAAAAUUUCAAUGCGUUCAAACGUGUUUUAAACAUGAAAUGCAUAGAAAUGCUUUACUUAGAAUGUUCCCAUUAUCGCGGAACGGAUCUCAUCCAGUACGUAAAUCCAUACUGUAAAGAAUUGAAGCUAGAGAACAUUUCGAUGGCCCAGGAGCAUCACAUACGGGAACUGAUUCAUUUGGAAAAAUUGUAUGUGGAAUCGUACCAUGUACAAAAUAUUUUCGAAAUAUGCUCCCAUCUUCCGAAACUUCGCGAAUUGACUACUAACAGUUUUGUAUAUCCACCCGAUUUAAAACAGGAUUAUUUAUAUCCUGAAUUAGAAAAGCUGACACUUCAGUAUUUCGCAAUUAAAUUAGAUUUGCCAAUAUGUCCGAAACUAAAACAAUUGAUGUUGAUUUUUACUGUGAGCUACGUUGAAAACAUUGGUGACAUUAUUUCAAAGUACGGAAACACAUUAGAGCGUCUAGAUUUAUCGCCUGUGGCUGGUCGAGACAAAUUCCAUGCGGAGCAAAUAAUAAUAGUUCUCAGAAAAUGUAAGCGCUUAAAGUUACUUAGCACCACAAAUGCAAUUAUACGAUACUUAUUCGUCGAGUUUCUGGGAUCAUUAAUUACCGUUUUGAAAGAAAAUGGUUUUAACACAGAGAGACGUCUGAAAUUGGAAGGGGACUUGUGUGAAGUCGUGCAGCUUAAGCUGGAAUUGAUGGAAAAGUUCCCAAAUUCCGAAGUGUGGAACUUGAUUACGCUGAGUCAAUUCAUAUAUUAACUGCACCAUCAAGUCGCCCAUGCUAAUCGAAUACAACACUAAUAUAUAAGUUAAUUGUUCGCAAGCCAAAAUAAAACAAAAACAGAACAAGAGAAUAAAGGAAUUAAUGAGAGAAUAUCCACUGGACUGAAACAAUUGCGAGAAUGUAUUGCGUGUGAGGUGACAUCUAUGCGAUCUGCAGAGAGGGUACCAUUUUAUAUCCAGUUCACCCAAUAAAUUUGUCUGGCCAAGGGAA